GGGGAGGGGAGGGUCCAUGCUGCUUAUAAAAAUCCAAGCCUCAGAAUCCGACUCCACAAACUCUCCACACACACACGCACACACACGCGCACACACACGCGCACACAACACCAUACAGACACAUACACACACAUCUGGUGGUUGCUACCCUCUUUCUCUCUUUCUCACUCUCUCUCACUCCAUCCCUGUGGACUCCUGCAUCCUUCUGUCUUCUUCUCACAAGUCAGAGAGUGUUUGGAAGUGCUCUCCGAAUGUCUGCCUCCGUGCGCUCCCUCAAAGUGUGCGACUGACUGACUGAGCGCAGCCGGGAGGUCCGUCAAGUGUAUGUGGGUCUCUGCCGGGCGCGCCCCCCGCCGCUCCACCUCUUGCGUCCCUUCUCAGGAUCUGCGGGUCCUCUUCCUCGGCAACAGGCUCCCCACACCAAGCGGUCACCAUUUCCGCCCCAGGGAGACCCACGCUGGCCGCUCAGCCCCUUCCCCGACUCAGCAUCGGGAGGAAGACCCUGGUGGCGGCCGCCGUGGGGGUUAUGCUGGUCCUGGUCCUGGUGGUGCUCAUCCCAGUGCUCGUCAGCUCCGUGGGCACAGACCCCAGCCACUAUGAGAUGCUGGGCACCUGUCGGAUGGUGUGCGACCCCUACCUGAACAAGGGCACCCCCAGCAGCAGCACCAGCUCCACGGGGCUCCAAGCGGAGGCGGAGGCAUUGAGCGACCACAGCAACGUGCUGCCACCCUCCACGCUCCUGCAGGGCCCGCAGGGGAAGCCGGGAAGGCCGGGGAAGCCAGGGCCACCGGGGCCGCCGGGGGAACCGGGGCCACCUGGACCGGCGGGGCCUCCGGGCGACAGAGGGGACCAGGGUAGGACUGGGAUUUUGGGGUUGGGAGAGAACGGAGCUAUCAGCACAGCCACCUACAGCACGGUGCCCCGGGUGGCCUUCUACGCCGGCCUCAAGAACCCCCACGAGGGCUACGAAAUCCUUAAGUUUGACGAUGUGGUCACCAACCUGGGCAACAACUAUGACGGCAUCUCGGGCAAGUUUGUGUGCAGCAUCCCGGGCACGUACUUCUUCAUCUACCAUGUACUGAUGAGGGGAGGGGACGGCACCAGCAUGUGGGCUGACCUCUGCAAAAACGGGCAGGUUCGGGCAAGCGCCAUCGCCCAGGACGCGGACCAGAACUACGACUACGCCUCCAACAGCGUCAUCCUCCACCUGGACGCAGGGGACGAGGUCUACAUCAAGCUGGACGGCGGCAAAGCGCACGGCGGCAACAACAACAAGUACAGCACCUUCUCGGGCUUCAUCCUCUACGCGGACUGAGGAGCGCGUGCGAAGACAACUGGUCACUGACUGAAAAGAAAAGAGAGUUGUGGGGUGGAGAGGAUGUGUGCUCAACGACCUUCUAAGUUCCCCCCCCUUUCUUCUUCUUCUCUCCAUCAUCAUCAUGGACAACCGUGGCAACCAUGAGACCUCCGGGCGCUGCGGCCGAGGCCUGGACACACUGGCAGAGGGGUGGCACAAGGAUUUUUGUGGUGGUGGGGCGGCGCCAAUGUGUCGGAAGCUCCUCGCUAUCAGCUCUCUUUCCAUCGCCCUGCACAAUGUGGACUGUCACACCUUCUCUCCACAGUGUGGCCUGAAAUGCGUAGUGUUGUUGCGUGCAAUUUUACCUUAGAUUGUGUUUUUAUUUGGUAGACAUACAUACUAUUCUGCACAAAUUGAUUGGAAAAAAAAGAUAAUAUCCUCAUCCCAUUGUGACGAUACCCUCUGAGAUGUUGUUUGUGAUGCAGACGAGCUGAUUGGACAACAGCAUUCAGCAAUGUACCUCCCGAUGUAUGGUAUACUAUAGGCAAUACCCUUCCACCGGCUACCUAUCAUGCACACGCCACAUCCUGCUGCUGUUUGGGUUCAAAGUGUCUCCUAGAUGUCCUAGUUCUAUGUAGACCUUCCGCACAAGCAAAGCAAAAGGUAGCUAAAGAGCAGAGUGACAGGGAGGAAGCGGCGGCGACGACCACGGCGUCUCUUCAGCAUCACUGAUUGUCCUCCAUUCAUUAGCUGCACAAUCGCCGCCACACGUGUUAAUAUUUACUCAACAUGGCAGCCCGACCGCUCGCCUUAGGAUGAUUGGGCGGACUGCACGUGUGUGUGUAGGUGUGUGUGCGUGCGCGUGUGUGUGUGUGUGUGUGUGUGUGUGAACAGUAUGCACACACCCCCAACCCCCUCCGCCCCAAAAGGAGUGUGUGCAUGCUAGCAUGUGGUGUGCCAUAGCUACAUGGUCCUCUCCAGAGUCGAUAUUUUAUUUAGCUCAGUCUGGGGGCAGCAAAGCCGCUAUAGAUAUGAUGAUGAGCUUGUAAAUGAAUUCUGACAUGUUUUGUUUAUCCUAUCUUUUCGAAUUGUUGAAUACAUUUAAAUAAUAAAUGGGAUUUUUUUUUUU